AUCCCGAUCCGCAGAGUUCUAAACUCUAAAAUCACUGAACUUUCUUUGAGAAAACAAAUUGCUUCGCAUCGCUUCUCACGUACAGGGAAGUUAAUAAGUUUGAAAGAUGGGUUCCGGUGGCCGAGCGACGGAGAGAAGUAACUCCAGCGUUGAGGUUGUCAAUCGAGCCCCAUCGUCGAAGCCACCAUUCACUGUUGGUGAUAUAAAGAAAGCCAUACCACCGCACUGUUUCAAUCGAUCCCUCAUCCGAUCUUCAUCCUACCUGUUCAUGGAUCUCUUUCUGUCAUCCUUAUUUUACUAUGUUGCGGCCGUCUACAUCCCUCGCCUUCCGGUCUCUCUUUCGUACGUGGCGUGGCCUGUUUAUUGGAUCCUCCAAGGUAGCGUCCAGAUGGGUUUGUGGGUCAUUGGCCAUGAGUGCGGCCACCAAGCUUUCAGUGACUACCCAUGGUUGAAUGACACUAUUGGUUAUCUUUUACACACUGGUAUGCUUGCUCCUUAUUUCUCAUGGAAAUACAGUCACCGUCGUCACCAUUCUAACACUGGUUCACUCGAGCACGAUGAAUCUUUUGUCCCAAAAAAGAAGUCUAGCCUAAACUCUAUCGCUAGACUACUCAACACCCCACCAGGCCGUCUCUUCAGGCUUGCGAUUUUAUGCACCGUAGGCUGGCUCUUGUACAUUUGCUUCAAUGUUUCCGGCCGCAAGUAUGAGAAAUUUGCCAACCAUUUUGACCCAAAGAGUCCUAUUUAUAACGACCGUGAGCGCUUUCAAAUCCUCCUGACCGACAUCGGACUUGUUGUAACAAGCUAUGGGCUCUACAAAUUGGCCUUAGCCCAAGGAUUCACAUGGCUCAUAACCAUCUACUUUGCUCCUCUGGUUAUCGUUUAUGGGUUCCUGGUCGUCAUUACGUGGCUGCACCAUACUCAUCGGUCACUGCCACACUAUGACUCCACCGAGUGGAACUGGUUGAGGGGAGCUUUGUCAACAAUGGAUAGAGAUUAUGGUGUUUUCAACACCGUUCUGCAUCACAUCACCGACACGCAUGUUGCCCACCAUUUGUUUUUCACCAUCCCUCAUUACCAUGCCAUGGAGGCCACAAAAGCAAUCAAACCCAUCUUAGGAGAAUACUAUCAGUUUGACGACACCCCAAUAAUCAAAGCCAUGUGGAGGGAAGCUACCGAGUGCUUCUUUGUUGAGGCUGAUGAAGGUGAAGACAAGAGCAAAGGUGUUUAUUGGUUCAACAACAAAAUGUAGAAAUUGUAAUUCUGGCUUUAAUUAGUCAUGUAUUCCGUAUAAUCAUGCCUUGAUACGUUGAUUAGAGGUUACUUGCAAGACAUAUUAAUGAAAGAAACCAUGAUUUUUUU